UUUCUCAACCCCACAGAUGCUCCGGGCCCCUGCCCCUGCCCCAGCUAUGGCUCCUGGGGCUCCCUCAUCCAGCCCCAGCCCUAUCCUGGCUGUGCUGCUCUUCUCUUCUUUGGUGCUGUCCCCGGCCCAGGCCAUCGUGGUUUACACCGACAGGGAGGUCCAUGGUGCUGUGGGCUCCCGGGUGACCCUGCACUGCUCCUUCUGGUCCAGUGAGUGGGUCUCAGAUGACAUCUCCUUCACCUGGCGCUACCAGCCUGAAGGGGGCAGAGAUGCCAUUUCGAUCUUCCACUAUGCCAAGGGACAACCCUACAUUGACGAGGUGGGGACCUUCAAAGAGCGCAUCCAGUGGGUAGGGGACCCUCGCUGGAAGGAUGGCUCCAUUGUCAUACACAACCUAGACUACAGUGACAAUGGCACAUUCACUUGUGACGUCAAAAACCCUCCAGACAUAGUGGGCAAGACCUCUCAGGUCACGCUGUAUGUCUUUGAAAAAGUGCCAACUAGGUACGGGGUGGUUCUGGGAGCUGUGAUCGGGGGUGUCCUCGGGGUGGUGCUGUUGCUGCUGCUGCUUUUCUACGUGGUUCGGUACUGCUGGCUACGCAGGCAGGCGGCCCUGCAGAGGAGGCUCAGUGCCAUGGAGAAGGGGAAAUUGCACAAGCCAGGAAAGGACGCGUCGAAGCGCGGGCGGCAGGUAGCAUAAGGCUGAGGAAUCACCCCAACUUGGGGGUGAGCAUCCCUGAAGAUCCUAAGUCUCAUGUAACCUGAGCCAACAAAGAGUUAUGUGCAGGUAAGGAUACUCUCAAGUGAUCUAGUGGGGGUGGCUCCCUUUGCUUCAUGUGGAUUGGUGAGUAAGGAAAGCCUAUGAUGAUGAUGACCAUGAUGAUGAUGAUGAUGAUGAUGAUGAUGAUGAUGAUUGAAGCAUGAUGCUGAGAGGAAGGGUUCACCCUAACCCGAUGACUGCAGGAGAGAAAGAGCCAACAAACGAAUGAGGAAGCUCUUCCUGCACCCUAGUGAACAGGCUGACUUUCUAAUUAUCUGUGGACUGUGAAUCUCUGCCUUUGUAGAUCUGGAGUCAAAGCUGCCACCUAAACAACCAGAAAGAAAGGCACCAUCUUACACAAAAAGCAAACCUCAGGCCAGGUGCGGUGGCUCAUGCCUGUAAUCCCAGCACUUUGGAAGGCCGAGGUGGGCGGAUCAUGAGGUCAGAAGAUUGAGACCAUCUUGGCUAACACGGUGAAACCCCGUCUCAACAAAAAUGCAAAAGAUUAGCCAGGCCUGGUGGCGGGUGCCUGUAGUCCCAGCUGCUUGGGAGGCUGAGGCAGGAGAAUCGCUUGAACCCGGGAGGCGGAGCUUGCAGUGAGCUGAGAUCACACCACUGCACUCCAGCCUGGGCGACAGAGCCAGACUCUGUCUCAAAAAAAAAAAAAAAGCAAACCUCCUGACCCCCACCCUCAGUUUUCAGAGGCACAGACAGCAGAGGAGCUACAUUUGCAGAGAAGAUGAUGAAGGAAGACAGCAGCUCACUGGAGGGUGAUUCCUGUGAGGGCAAGUUUUCAGGGACCGAGCACAGCAGGGACAAGGAAGCUGCCAGAAGCCACUCCCACUGCAAACAGUUCCAAAAAUAAGGGAAACUCAGCAAGGGAAAGAGGGUGGAGAGAAUGGCAAAGAGGUGGGCACAGAGGGCAGCUCCCAAAAAGGUCAUUAGGGCAGGGAUUAGUUGCAAGAGGAGGAGAUGGAAGAGAUGAAAGUGGAAAGAGCUGACUCUAGAUUGGGGCAAGAUCAAGGGGCCAUCAAGGGUCCUACCCAGCAGCAACACUAAGUCUCUGAAAUUAGAAUUGCAGGAUCAUCCAGGGAGCAGAAUCCUUCUACCUUUAGCUGCCUGAAACUUCACCAAGAUGUACAUAUUUGGACUUCAGGAACAUAAUUACAACUAUAUCCCCUGCUUGGAUUGCCAGACCUCUCCCACAUAUAGAUGGGACUAUUAUCCCAGCUCUGCCACCCCUACGCAGUUGAAAAAAAUACCAAAACAGAUAUCAGCGAUAUGGAUGUGAUAUUGUGAUAUAAUAAGAAAUAUAUAUUUGGUUUUCCUCCUUCAGUUUUGGCACAGUGGGUUCUAGCACACAGCUCCUAAAACCCUUAGAAUUUCCUAAGUGAGCCAGGUGCAGUGGUACAUGCCUGUAGUCCCAGUUUCUCAGGAGGCUGAGGUGGGAGUAUUGCACCUGUGAAUAGCCACUGUACUGAAGACUGGGUAACAUAGUGAGACCUUAUCUCUAGAAACAAAUUUUUUAGUUAAAAAAAAUUAAAGAAUGUCCUGAGUGUUAGGAGGGGAGCAUCUUUAUUAUUUGUAAUAAGCCCCUUUCUUCUUUUUUUUUUUU